AUGAGUGGUUUCACACACAAAGCUGGAAACAGAUCAAAUUUUCCAACUUCAAUCCAAGAAAUUCGCUCCUCAAUCACCCAGAUUUGUGUGUUGAUUAGUAAUAUUCGGAUAAAUCCACGAAAUCAUGGUUUCUUUGAAGAAAGUAACUUUACGAAAAUACAAGGAGUAAUUGAAGCAAAUGAUCUACAAAAAGAGCAAGGAUCUUCGUAUCUUGGAAUAAAAGUUUAUUGUUCAAAUGCAAAAGAAUUAGAAGUCCUCGUGAUACCCUUAUUAAUGAUAUAUAAACAGGAAGGAUAUAGUGGGAAAAGCAGCACAGUUGGAUAUUGUGGUUACUAA